GGAUAGAGGCGGAGGCGGAGCCGAGUCACUCCGCACUUUGGGGUUCCGCUCCCCCGAGCCCGGCUGCAGCUCGCUGCCCUCCGCUGCCAUGCGGGGCUGCGUGCACGGAUGAGAGAAGCAGCUGCCGCCGAGCUGGUCCCCCUCCCGCCUUCACCGUCACCCCUACCGCCGCCAUGGAGGAGCCGCCGCCGCCGGAAUCCGAGCCCGAACCCGAGCUCGAGCCGGAUCGCUGCCCGGCGGCGAGGCAAGAGUGCCCAUUGGAAGGCACGCCUGGCAAGAAUUCUGAAUCUGACCUGGAAGACUUUUCAGAUGAGACCAAUGCCGAGACUCUGUAUGGCACCUCACCCCCCAGCACACCGCGGCAGAUGAAACGGAUGUCAGCCAAACACCAGAGGAACAGUGUUGGAAAGCCGUCCAGCCGGGCCAACUUGAAGGAAAAAAUGAGUGUGCUCAGCCAGCCUGCCCACAGGGAGCCUGGGAAGGCAGUGGAGAGUGUGGACGACCACAGCUACAAGCAUGAGAAAAAGACCCGAGCGACCCUCCGGACAACGGAGCGCGAUCAUAAGAAACACGCCCAGUGCUCGUUCAUGCUCGACUCCGUGGGCAACUCUCUGCCCAAAAAGCCCAUCCAAGACGUGGACCUGCACAAGCCUUACCUCAGCCUGGGCUGCAGCAACGCCAAGCUACCGCUCUCUGUGCCCAUGCCCAUUGCCAGGCCCACCCGCCAGACGUCACGCACGGACUGCCCAGCCGACCGCCUGAAGUUCUUUGAGACGUUGCGGCUCCUUCUGAAGCUUACCUCAGUCUCCAAGAAGAAGGACAGGGAGCAGAGAGGGCAUGAGAGUACCUCCACCUUCUGGUUCAACCGAUCGAACGAGCUGAUCUGGCUGGAGUUGCAGGCUUGGCACGCGGGGCGCACCAUCAACGACCAGGAUCUCUUCCUGUACACGGCCCGCCAGGCUAUCCCCGACAUCAUCAGCGAGAUCCUGACGUUCAAAGUGAACUACGGGAACUGUGCCUUCGUGCAAGCCGGCUUCAAUGGCACCCCCUCGGAGGGGCAGUGCAGCGGCCCUCGGCACGCGCGGUUGGGGGAUUGCUCCACUUACCAUGAGCAUCUCCAGCGCCAGAGGGUCUCGUUUGAGCAGGUCAAACGGAUCAUGGAGCUGCUCGAGUACAUAGAGGCCCUUUAUCCAUCGCUGCAUGCUCUUCAGAAGGACUAUGAGAAAUAUGCUGCCAAGGACUUCCAGGACAGGGUGCAGGCUCUCUGUCUGUGGUUGAACAUCACGAAAGACCUGAAUCAGAAGCUAAGGAUAAUGGGCACGGUUUUGGGCAUCAAGAACUUAUCCGACAUUGGCUGGCCAGUGUUUGAAAUCCCUUCUCCUCGACCAUCCAGGGGCCCCGAAGCAGAGGACGAGGGAGCUGACCUGGAGGGCGAGCUGGACGAGCUGAACAGCAGUGCUGAGGAGAGCGAAGGCGAGCGCCUCCCUGCCCGGAGCAGACAAGAGAUCAGGCAGCCCCCUGAGAACAGUGUUGACGGGCACCCCCAGGACGGCGUGCCAAAGAAGCUUGCCCGGCGGGAGUCUGAAGAGGAGUCGGUAGGCUGGGGGGCUCCAGACUGCAGUGCAGAGGCAAGCUUCAGCCGGCACUGUCGGACCUCUAUCUACAGACCCUUUGUGGACAAGGCCCUGAAGCAGAUGGGCCUCCGGAAGCUCAUUCUCAGGCUGCACAAGCUAAUGGACGGCUCCUUGCAAAGGGCGCGGAUAGCGUUGGCAAAGAGUGAGCCCCCCAUGGAGUUUUCAGAAUUCCCGGACCCCAUGUGGGGCUCAGAUUAUGUGCAGCUGCCCAGGGCGCCCUCGUCCUGUGAGCAGAAGGAGGGCAGCGCAGUGCCCUGGGAGGAGCUCCACUCCAUGGACUUGCCGUCAUUCGAACCCGCCUUCCUGGUCCUCUGCCGCGUCCUCCUCAACGUCAUCCACGAGUGUCUGAAGCUGCGGCUGGAGCAGCGGCCCGCCGGGGAGCCCUCCCUCCUCAGCAUCAAGCAGCUGGUGCGAGAGUGCAAGGAGGUCCUGAAGGGCGGCCUCCUGAUGAAGCAGUACUACCAGUUCAUGCUGCACGGGCUGCUGGCCGGCCGGGAGCACACCGACUGCAACAUGGACGCCUUCGAGGACGACCUGCACAAGAUGCUGAUGGUCUAUUUUGAUUACAUGAGAAGCUGGAUCCAAAUGCUACAGCAGUUACCUCAAGCAUCCCAUAGUUUAAAAAAUCUGUUAGAAGAAGAAUGGAAUUUCACCAAAGAGAUAACGCAUUACAUCCGGGGUGGAGAAGCCCAGGCUGGGAAGCUUUUCUGUGACAUCGCGGGGAUGCUGCUCAAGUCCACAGGCAGCUUCCUGGAGCUGGGCCUGCAGGAGAGCUGUGCUGCGUUCUGGACCAGCGCGGACGACAGCACUGCCGCCGAUGAAAUCAGGCGAUCUGUUAUAGAGACCAGCCGGGCGCUGAAGGAGCUCUUCCAUGAAGCCAGAGAGCGGGCCUCCAAGGCACUUGGAUUUGCUAAGAUGUUAAGGAAGGACCUGGAGAUUGCCGCCGAGUUCGCCCUGUCGGCCCCCACUCGAGACCUGCUGGCUGCUCUGAGGGCCAAGCAGUACGUGAAGAUACAAAUCCCUGGGCUGGAGAACCUGCAGGUCUUUGUCCCAGACGCCCUUUCUGGGGAGAAGAGCAUCAUUCUGCAGUUACUCAAUGCGGCCGCAGGCAAGGACUGCUCCAAAGACUCGGACUACAUGCUCAGUGACACCUACCUCCUGCUGACCAAGCACAGUGACCGGGACCAGGAGCCCGACCAUGGCUGGGGCACGUGGGGCAUACCGCCCGUCAAGGUGGUGCCUCAGGUGGAGACGGUAGACACGCUGAGGAGCAUGCAGGUGGAUAACCUCCUGCUAGUCGUUACGCAGUCGGCCCAUCUGACGCUCCAGAGGAAGACCUUCCAGCAGUCCACGGAGGGCCUCCUGACCGUCCGCCACGAGCAGACCUCCAGCCAGCCCGUCAUCGCCAAAGCUCUGCAGCAGCUGAAGAGCAACGCCUUAGAGCUGUGCAACCGAAUCGGCGAUGCCAUUGACCAGGUGGACCACAUGUUCACAGCCGAGUUUGAUGCCGAGGUCGACGAGUCCGAGGCAGCCACGCUGCAGCAGUACCACCGGGAGGCCAUGAUCCAGGGCUACAAUUUUGGGUUUGAGUAUCACAAAGAAGUCGUCCGCCUGAUGUCUGGGGAGUUUAGACAGAAGAUAGGAGACAAAUACAUAAGCUUCGCCCGGAAGUGGAUGAAUUACGUCCUGACCAAGUGUGAGAGUGGUAGAGGCACAAGACCCAGGUGGGCCACCCAAGGAUUUGAUUUUCUCCAAGCCAUCGAACCUGUCUUCAUUUCAGCUUUACCAGAAGAUGACUUUUUGAGUUUGCAAGCCUUGAUGAACGAGUGCAUCGGCCACGUCAUCGGAAAGCCGCACAGUCCUGUCACAGGUCUGUACCCUGCUCUCCACCGGAACAGCCCCCGCCCCGUGAAGGUGCCGCGAUGCCACAGCGACCCUCCCAACCCCCACCUCAUUAUCCCCACUCCGGAGGGGUUCAGCACUCGGAGCGUGCCUUUGGACACGCGGAGCCACUGCAGCCCCGCCGCUGCCCCCACCUCCGCCGCUGGGCGCCCCCGCCCCUGUGGCAGCGACGCCGUGCCUCCCAAACCCACCAGCAGUGCCCCUGAGACCAGGGGCUCCAGCGUCCCAGAGAACGACCGCCUGGCCUCCAUCGCUGCCGAGCUGCAGUUCCGGUCCCUGAGCCGGCACUCCAGCCCCACGGAGGAGCGAGAUGAGCCCGCGUAUCCGAAAGGCGAGUCAAGUGCAUCGGCCCGGAGAAGCUGGGAGCUGCGGACGCUGAUCAGCCAGACGAAGGACACUGCCUCUAGGCAAGGACCCAUCGAAGCUAUCCAGAAGUCAGUGCGAUUGUUUGAGGAAAAGAGGUACCGUGAAAUGCGGAGGAAGAAUAUCAUCGGCCAAGUUUGUGAUACCCCUAAGUCCUAUGAUAAUGUUAUGCACGUUGGCUUGAGGAAGGUCACCUUCAAGUGGCAAAGAGGAAACAAGAUUGGGGAAGGGCAGUACGGGAAGGUCUACACCUGCAUCAGCGUUGACACCGGGGAACUGAUGGCCAUGAAGGAGAUACGCUUCCAGCCCAAUGACCACAAAACCAUCAAGGAGACAGCCGACGAGCUGAAAAUAUUCGAGGGCAUCAAGCACCCCAACCUGGUCCGGUACUUUGGUGUGGAGCUCCACAGAGAAGAGAUGUACAUCUUCAUGGAGUACUGCGACGAGGGCGCCCUGGAGGAGGUGUCGCGCCUUGGACUGCAGGAGCACGUCAUCCGGCUGUACUCGAAGCAGAUCACCAUCGCCAUCAACGUCCUCCACGAGCACGGGAUCGUGCACCGUGACAUCAAAGGGGCCAAUAUCUUCCUGACGUCGUCGGGACUCAUCAAGCUGGGAGACUUCGGGUGCUCAGUGAAGCUCAAGAACAAUGCCCAGACCAUGCCGGGCGAGGUGAACAGCACCCUGGGGACAGCAGCUUACAUGGCUCCUGAGGUCAUCACCCGUGCCAAGGGGGAAGGACACGGACGAGCUGCCGACAUCUGGAGCCUGGGCUGCGUGGUCAUCGAGAUGGUCACGGGGAAGAGACCCUGGCACGAGUAUGAACACAACUUUCAGAUCAUGUAUAAAGUGGGGAUGGGGCACAAGCCACCCAUCCCUGAGAAACUGAGUCCCGAAGGAAAGGACUUCCUUUCCCACUGCCUGGAAAGUGACCCAAAGAUGAGGUGGACGGCCAGCCAGCUCCUCGACCACUCCUUCGUCAAGGUUUGCACAGAUGAAGAAUGAAGCGAAUCGGCAUGGGCCUGGUGGUGUGUGUUCUCGCAAUCACUACUGUAAUACUGAUAUGAAGACUGUGCUGAGAGGCAGCGUACGCCUUUGUGACCUUCCAGGACUGGAGUCUGCGUGGUGGCCGGUGGCGUCACCUCUCCUGCUGCUGCUCCUGGCUGAGGGUGUCCUCAAGGUCCAAGAAGCUGCAUGUUAAGUGCCAUUACUACUGUACCUGGACCACCGCCUUGUCCAGUUCUCGUGGGACGAGAGCUGUGCCAUCAGUGUGGUGUUUUUUGACUGUCUGAGGCUCAAAAGAAGUUGUAGUGUUACCAGGCGAACGUCCUGGGCUGGUGUUUUAUCUCCGGUUUGUCGAGUGCACUGACUGAACCUUCCCCUGCCUCCUCCUUGGCGAGCUUCAGAUUAUGCAAAAGGUCGAUUAAUGAAAUUUAAGAAAAGGGUUCUUUUUUCAAUAAAUGGUUUAUUUUAGGAAA